UUCUCUGUCUGUCUGUCCGGACGAUGCGGGCUCUCAAACUGUGAAAACACAAUCACACGCAAAAGCUGAAUGCGUGGAUAUCAUGCAGUCACAUGAAACCACUUUAUUUCUAGCUGAUAAACAGACGAACCACCUCUCCUCUUCCUCUUUUUGGAGCUUUUUUCUCUAUCUGUAAUCGAAGGGGGGAGACCUGGAUUCAGAGACGGGGAAAACAGGAAUGUUUCUUCCGGUUCCAAAGAGUAAAAAAAGCGAACGGAAGCCAAUGCGGUCUUUGUAGUCUGCCAGCAAACUCUUGUACUCCCACCUUUGCUUCCACUGCUUGUGCCUCAUCGAAUGCUGUGCGACUCAGCUCUGUUGCCGGCCUUGGUUUCCCCCCAACUGCAGGAAAAACCAUUGAGACAAGAGAGAGGCCUCUGUCUCCAGAAGUGCAACCGACCUGCAUGUCUCAGAGCUCUGACCGACCCCCCUUCUCUUCCUCCUUCUCCUUCCAAGGACCCACAUUUCCACAUAACCAUAACCUCUAAACCUCCAGCCAGCUGCUCACUGCUUCAUCACAGACACAGUUGGUAAUUGCUCUCCCUGGGCAGAAGGAUCGACCGUCAUCCCCCAACUGGCCCCCCGACUGGUUCUCCUUUGGUGGGGGAGGGAGGGGAAGGAAGGCAGCUGAACGUAGUGCCGCUUUCCCUGGAAAUGAAGCUGCAGGCUGUUAUGGAGAACCUGCACAGGCAGCAGAGGGCAAAGCUGCUGAUGGAGCAGCAGUUACAGCAACAAGCCGCCGCCCAACACACUCAGGUCCGCACAGGUGGAGGAGGAGGGGAUGAGCCGAUGGGGAGCCCGGCCCCUGAUGCAGAGCAGACCCAGAUGGCAGCACUAGCGGCCAUGCGCGCAGUGGCUGCCGGGCUGCAGAGGGUGUCAGACAGCCCCAUGUCGGAGCGCAGCAGCGGCGGCGAGGAGGAAGGUGAUGAUGAUGACAAUGAAGAAGGAGAGGAGCAAUACAAGGACAUGAUGGGGUCAGAUGAGGAGGAGCAGAUCAAACAGAAAUGGGACGAGGAGGACUUUGAAGGCGAAAUGGAAGAAGACUUUGACGAUGACCUGGCAGAGGAAGGUCUGCCAACAGGCCAUGACGCUGUGGCCCCUGGGAAAGGCAUCCUCCUUCUGCCCCAUCGCCAGCUCCACCCUCACUCCCAGCUCCUGAAGACCCGCCCCAGUGUUGACCAGGAGCCCCGUGUAGCUAUCCUGCCCCCCCAUGCCACGCACAGCCAUCUGGGUGGUCAAGACCACGGGGAAUGGACCUAUGAAGAGCAGUUUAGACAGCUGUAUGAACUGGAUGGAGACCCAAAGAGAAAGGAGUUUCUGGAUGACCUCUUCAGCUUCAUGCAAAAAAGAGGAACCCCAGUGAAUCGUAUUCCUAUCAUGGCCAAACAGGUCCUGGAUCUGUACAUGCUCUACAGGCUGGUAACAGAGAAGGGCGGCCUGGUGGAGGUCAUCAACAAGAAACUGUGGAGGGAGAUCACCAAGGGACUCAACCUGCCUACCUCAAUCACCAGUGCAGCCUUCACCCUUCGCACACAAUACAUGAAGUACCUGUACCCAUAUGAAUGUGAUAAGAGGGGUCUGAGCAACCCCAACGAGCUCCAGGCAGCCAUUGACAGUAAUCGGCGGGAGGGCAGACGACAAAGCUUUGGCAGCUCCCUCUUCACCUACUCGCCCAAUGGGACACCCACCAUGCUGUCCUCACCAAAGCUCCCCACGUCCAGUGUGGGCCUGACGGUGGGCACCAAUGGAGCCUCGCUGACUCCCAUCCAGAAGAUCAAGAAAGAAGAGGAGGGAGGCCAGUCGCUGCCAGGGGUCGGUGUGGCUCGUUUGCCAGCAGGGGCCUUGGCAGGUCACUCGGUGGCUGCUGUGCAGGCAGCGGCAGCCCAGGCAGCAAUGGCGGCGCAGGUGGCAGCUCUGGAGCAGCUGAGGGACAAACUGGAGGCCGGCGAACCUCCAGAGAAGAAGAUGGCGCUGCCGGCCGAGGAACACCACCGACUGCUGCAGAGAGCGCUGCAACACAACUUGCUGGCCAUGACUGCCCAGAUACCCAUGAACAUCCGCAUCAACAACCAAGAGGGCAGGCAGGACUCAGCCCUGAACCUCACCACCAACGGCACAAGCAGCAUCAGCAUGUCAGUGGAGCUCAAUGGAGUGGUGUACACUGGCGUUCUUUUUGCUCAGGCAGCAGCAGGGUCGGCCUCAUCUGGUGCGUCUGGAUUGUCCGUCUCCAACAAGGCGGUCAGCGGCCGUGUUGCCCCUCAGCAGCAGCAGAACACACCUACCUCAACCUCAACCUCCAGCAACCCAUUGUCUUAACAAACCCCCAGCCUUUCCCCUUUAUUAUUAUUUUUUUAAUUACCACGCUAAGUAAAGCCAAAAAUCAACCUCAUUUUCUACGUCAUCUAUGCCAAAAAGAGAAGAACCGUAAACCAUACAGGACAACACAGACUGAAACUCAGAUCACUUGAAGUACACUAUCUCAGGUUUUCUCUCACACAUCCACCUCUUUUGUUCUUCACAGCCAAAAUAAUUUUGGAAAAAAAAAAUAUCCCAACUGAGAGUCAGUAUAUGCUAAACAAAUAUGUAUGCACAACCUGUGAAUUAUUUAUUUCUGCAUAAAUGUACAGAUUAUUGGAGAACAAAAGAGAAGGUUUUAACUAGGAAGGGCAAUGCACUGUUUACACACACAAACACAGCUACUGACUGACAGCGAUGUUUUAUCCUCUAGGGGAGAGAUUUUUUUUUUAUUUUAUUUUAACUUUUCAUUGUCAUUAUUAUAAUUAUUGUUAUCCUCUAUUGUGUUUAUCAUUUAAAUCUUUAACAAUCCUCUCACUGCAGGAAAGCAAUCUAUAUAUUUAGAAUUCUAUAAAAAAAAAGAAAAAGAAAAUAUGAAUAUCCUCUAUUUUUAAUCAGAAAAGCUUUAAAGGUAUAUGUUGUUUCUUCAGGGCAUAUAACAAUGUACCGUUGUGACCUCAUUUUAUGUAAAACCUUUUAACCUUAUUCAUAUGACAGCCAGUUUGGGUCUCUAUGUGGAAGAGCGAGUCUGGUGCAGGUCUGCACUCCCGUUGUGUACCGAGAUACACAUCAUAUCUAUGCCACAGAUACUCCAGUGAAACGCAAAUUUGAAAUUAGCUGGAUCUCAAGAAUCUGCAAGGAUAUCGGUUGACUUUUUAAUGUAUUUGGUCCAUUACUGAUUGCUACCAGAGUCUAGGUAGUAGCUAGUUAGCGAGAAUGCUUCGUUGCUGACAUCCCUGCUGAAUUCAAGCAGUUGUUGUGGUUGCUCUUCCUGAGACAGCUGGCUUUCUAAAACCCUCACCUGUUUGUUGACAUAAGGCCAGUUCAAUACAUAUCUAUGCCAAACAUGCAGGUAGACCGUAAAGCUUACUGUUCAAAAUGGCUGUUUGUGCGAGUAAGGUCAAUUGUGCAGGUGUGAAAAUGAGCUAAAGCCUUUCGCUGCACCUCAACACGCUGGACUUUCUGAGCCUCAGCAGCAUCCACACCGACUGUUCCUGUUGCUGUUUGGGGUUCAGAUUUUAUGUGAAUAACACGUUUUCCACUGGUCUCAGGUGUCCGUCUGCUCAUCGCUUUGUACAGUACCCCGCAGUCUUUUAUUACUCUUGACGGAGCAAUGCUUUUCAGCAUCUUUCCCUGCAGAAAGAUCAGUUUUUAGCUUUUUUUAAUGAUUUGGCCUUCUAGUGGAGUGAUUGUCUUAAGGUUAGAUACAUGCAUGUAUUUAUAGACAAAAGCCCUUCAGCAAACAGAAAAACUCCAGUUUCCAGUCUUAAAUUUACAGGAGUCGAGUGUCUGCUUGUUGUGGAGACACAUGGACAAUCAGGUGUCAGGGGACACAAUCUAAACUUCAGAAGAAACUUAUCCUGACAGUUAUUUCAGCUCAUAUCUGACCUUUUUUGUUGUUUUUUGCUUGUAUCAUAGAUUACAGAUGCUUUUAUUUUUUGUUUCGGCUUUGUGUUUUUGCAUGACUUAGUGCUUAUUCUGAUCCAAGUGCUUCUUAUCCUGUGCUGUGACGAUCUAUCAAGGAUAAUACAGAGAAUGUCUUGUGAUCCUCUGACUGUUUUUCGAUGUUGCUUAACAGGCUUUUGAUAAUAUGAGAGGUAAUCAUUGCUGCGGCUAAGCGCUUGCCUGUGUCUUAGUGUUUGCACACUCACAGCAGUUGGACUUAAAGGUUAAAUCUUCCACAGCGGAGACACCAUGUCACCCCAUAAGUAGUUGUGUCUCUGCAUUUUGAAGUAGAUCAAUCAUUCAGCUUUUUGAACUUUAACCUGUGUUACCUCUCUGGACUGUUGGCUGUUCAAAGAUUGUUACUCAACCCCCUCCCCACCCGCCCCUACGCAAAGUGGCCUCAUUUCUACUGACAUUAAGAAGUAAAUCAGGCUUUGUAUGUGGGUUCUGUUCUUAGGCCUUAACACAGCAUGAGAUGACCAGAGAGUGAGCAGUACCUCCGUCUAAUCAGUUUUUACUGUUCCAGUCAAAUAUCACCACAUGGCUGUCGUGGCUUUGAUUCUGGACUUGCUUCUCUGUGGGAAGUCACCACCAGCUGCUACACAAACACUGGUCAGCUUUGGAAAAUACAUCAACUCCCAUUCAAAAACACAAUCAUCAAACGCUGUUCUUUAAGUUUUGUAAGAUCGAGAAGAGAACUUGUUUUAUUUCUCCCCAGAAAAGAAAAUUAGAGCUUUAGUUGCUAGUUUUAAAAAUGUUUUUCAGGGACAGAAACAGGAUUUCAUUGGUUGAGUUAAAUCUUAAUGAGACAGAGAACCACAGUUUACCUAAGUGUCAAAAGAGGAACUCUGGUGAAACACGGAAUAGGGAUCAUCAUGUAUUUGUUUUAGCUGCAAAGAACCUAAAAUAAACUAGUUUGUGACUAGUCACUUGCCCAGACCAGUUUAAUGCAUGCCAACCUGCACCACCUAUAGGCGAGAAAUGUAGCAGCGGCAGCAGUUUUGACCUGCAGACCUGCAGUUGUUGUAUUUGUGUGUGAGGUUUUAUAGUUCUACCACCUGUCAGCUAAAAUAACCAAUAAUCAGAGUCAGAAAAACGUAAUUAUGCUUUGCCAAGCGAUGGGAGGUAGAAGCACCACAUUACUCUGCUGCUGUUGUAACUCUGUAACAGGUCAGCACUGAGUCUGGUUUCAUUUGCUUUGCAUCAGUGUGUUUCAUACAACAGGGUUAGAGCGAAUACUAAUGAAUGGAAAAUCAGCAGGCUAGCUAGACAACUAAAACUAGUUUUGUCUAUCUAUGCAAAACAACAACCCAAGAUAAAAGUUUCCCGCUCUCCUACAUCUGUAUUUUGUCGCUGGGUAUCAGUCUAGCGCUUAAAAACUGGCUCUGACCACAGAGGUUUAAUUUAACCAAUGAAAUUGUUUUUAUGUCUGAGAACCAUUUGCAGAACUGAAACUCUAGUUUGUGCAAGAUUCUAUCAGCAGCCUUACAUAGGAGGGAGAUAAUACAAAACCAGGUUCCUUUUUUUAAUUUGCAAACAACUUGCUUCGCAACAGUGGAGAAAUCCAUUUACAGAUACAGGCCAGACAGAUGUAGUCAAAUUGCUCGUUGUUUUGCAGCUGUUGCCCUGCAGCGUGGCUGUGAAGUCAGUACGAUGUAGCCUGAUGUCAAGAUUCACAAACCCGUUUGAAAUAUUGAUCAGGCUCUCAGUGUAGAUCCGUUUCAGAGGAAGUCCGUAGCUUUCUUCACGGAAAAAUGUUGCUAAUGUUAAACAGACCCGUGCCCUCUGGCUGCUGCCUCAUUGUGGACAAUUGACAUGAGUCAGUACAGACCACAUUAAGGCUAAUCUCUCUUCUUUGCAUUUGAUAGACACAUUUAUCCAAAGCAUUAUGGAAUGUAGCUACAUCUUGAAAUAUGAGUGAAAUUUAAAUCUUUUUCUUACUUCAGUUUGGGUUUUAUGGUUUUGGCAACAAUUUUCUUUAAACCACUUAAAAAUUUUAUUGUGUUAGAUUUAUGCUGAUUUAUCAGUCUGUAUGACUAGCCUGGUUUGGAUUUGAUGACAGUUGUUAAUUAUUAAGCAUUAGGCAGUGAAGUAGAAGGAGAAACAAUGAAGCAGAGGGAGAAGCCUUUGAGGUUCUGAGCCAACCUGUGUAAAAAGUAUAUGAGCCUUUGAUGCUCAUUAUUCACAGACCAUACAUGAAACCUUAAAAAAAAAAAUUUAGAUACUAAUGUUGCCCUCUGUGUUAUUCAUUUUAAGCUAAUUUAGAUUUUAAUCAACUUUCUCCUCGAUUCUUCCGUUUAAGCAAAAGUGUCUGUAUAUUUUAUGUUACGAUGUAAAAGGAUGUAUUCACUCAUGUGCAGUGGCACAGAAAGCCCUGAAUUUGUCUCCAUGUCUCUGUCGCUUCUUGAGAAGCAGAUGUUUCUGGUAAUGGCUGACAAUCAAAUAGAGACAUGCUGUGGCUGAAAGCUUUGGUUUGGGGGGGCUGCUGGAGGAAGCAAAAUUCAAUCAAUCCUGAUCUAAAGGAUCAACAUUGCUUCUUCAGAUUUGACCCUGUGACCCUUAGGCCCCUGAGGCAACACUCAAGCACCUGCCCCCAUUCACUGGACCGGUUCUGCAAGAUAUUUGCAUUUGAAAAGUGGAGGUACUGCAGCUCUCUCUCUCUCUCUCUCUCUCUCUCUCUCUCUCUCUCUCUCUCUGUAUAUGGCAGCAUCUUCACAGAAGGCUGGCAUGUUUUUAAUUGCGUGGUAGCGACAAUCAGGAGACGUUAUUGCAACACAGUAUACCUCCAAACACUUUGACAUCCCUUCAGCCACAAUCAGGCCCCUUUUCUACCUCAGAGACUAAAAGCUCUGGCAGAUGUCUUUGCUUCAGCCACAACAGAGAAUCCUGUUAAAGGCUACGUUCAUGCAGGAAAACCAAUCAAAAUGUUGGUGAUGAGUUCGGGUUGACAAUGAAAGAGACUGUACAGACCACAGACAAUCAGAUAUCAGCUAAAAUGUGACGCACACCUUUAACUGAUAACCAUUUUAGCAACGUAAGGGGAUUGAUAGAUGUCAGUAUGGUUGAGAGGCUGCAACCCCUGUAGUGAGAGCUCCCCUCAGUGGAAGUUUUUGUUAUGACACACAAUCAGUUGAGAUUUCCUAGAUGGAAAAAGUUAGGGAUUUGGUUGAAGGCUGCACAGACUCAAAGUCCUUCAGUAUGACCAUUUAAAAAUCACAGAUUUUCAGUGUUCAUAGCUUCAUUUCCUUCCAGUGUUUCCAGAGUUUUCUUCUCGUUGAGGUGAAGUGGCAUUUAGAUCAUCACAGAACACUUAAAUAAUCAGUUGAGUCUGCAGCUCUUCAGAGUAUUUAAACAAAGAUUUAUUUCACAAAUCAGUGGACAAUUAAUAAUCAAACAUCCUGUUUUGUCUGUCUUUCUGCAUCUGUGUAUCUGUAGGUCUGUAGCUGCUUUCUCUCGUGGAACCUGCAGGUGGUUUUCAUCAUUAGUGUAUAGACAAUACUCACUCAAGACUUUGUACCUGCAGUUCUUGGCUUUAUUUUUCUUUGUCAAAGUUACAUUAGUGUUGUGUGGUAAUGCAGUUAAAAGCUUGGAUUGAUUUCAAAAGUCUGCUUGUUUGAUGCAUUCACGUGCUGUUGUACAGAUCGGAACAAUGGCUUAGCUGGACUAAUUUUCUUCAUGCAUUCUGUUGGUCUUGGGGUUUGAUUUCCCGACAGUAUAAGUAGUAAAUGUAUCAUUGCUCAGGAGUCAACUCCCAAAUCUCAGAUGUCUGAGCUUUUGAUCAGCGCCAAACCCUGUCUGUCAAAAUGUCAUAACAUAAGAACGUCAUAACUUUCAGGCGUUUUUAUCUUGAAAUAUUGCUGCUUUUACUCUCACCAGAGCUGUAGCUAAAAUAACCUCUUGAAAACUUACCAGGUCCAGGGUGUCUUGCGUGGAAAAUGAAUUCCCCAUUCCUUUUCCCACAUGCAGCCGAUAUGGAAAUUUUACCAGAACAUUUACGGGUUAAGGAGCAUGUGGGUUCGAGGGCUUUUGACUGGACUUCACCACUGACUUUACCUCCAUCAGGUGGACUGUGGAGAAGGGAAAAUGAUGAUGAGAAAAUAACAAGAUGCCUUCUGCUGUGACAAUUGUUGUAUGAAUUAACCUGUAUUACUAAGAUUCAUUAAAUAGAUUAUUUCUGAAAUGUGGCUUUUAGGGCUCUGGAUUAUAUCAUGUUUAUAUUGUUUUGUUUUUUUUUUUUGCUCUUUCUUUGCUUUUUUUUUGGAAAUGCUGUAGCAACCCCAGCACACAGAGAUUACAUUUAGAUUUGAUUUAUUAAUAUAGCGAUAAUGAUAAUGUGAUUAUUUUAGGGAGGCACGUGAUGUGAUGUGUGUGUGUGUGUGUGUGGGACUUCACGUGUCUUUGCGUCAACUUCAGAACUGAAACAAGGCUCUGUCUCUUGUCUCUUACAACUUCUUCUCAGGAAAAUCUACCUCUACCUCCAGUUUGAUGCAUUUAACCCAGUGAGGGCUGAAGUUACCGUGUAGUGGGCACACAAAGAGGGCGUGAGGGCUGACACCAGGGUCUGAAAUGAAUUGUAACAUGCCAAUAUAGUUUCUGAGUUUAGAUAUGAACACAUUUCCUACACAUAAUACACAUGAGUUUGUACUGAAAACAAAAAAUUGUGGAGUAUUUAUAAAAUUAUAUUGGCUGGAUAUAUAAAUGAAUAUCCUCAGCAGAUAUUUUUUCACCCUGGUUGGUGAACUAAAAGGUUCAUGUUGGACUCUGAGGUGGCAUUCUCUCUGGCUCUCUGCAUCUUUCUGUGUUACAAGGUCGUAACGCUUCUGCUGUUUAUUUGAGCACCAACAACAGGGAACCUCCAGCUCAACAGCUAAAUACUACUAGUACUACAACAAGUACUGCUUCUAGUACCACUGUUAGUACUGCAAGUUGUUUUCAGUGUGUUCUAUUAAUGUGCGCUUAUUCCUCCUUUUUCUAUAAAUGAUUACUUUUUUGAUGAAUGGGUUGUCUCCCAGUAACCACGGUAACAGUGAAGUGGUGGUGGGCAAAUGCAACUGUUUUCUUUUUGUUUGUUGUUUUUUUUUCUUUUUGUUUUUGAAGGGUGAAGAGCUGUUCUUGCCUAUUUACUCAAUAUGUGUUUGUGUGAAUACUUUUAUUUUGAGUCUGAAAUUAAUAAAAUACCACCUUUCUUAAACGUCA